CAAUUGUGAUGUUUUAUUGCAAUGUACUCGAAAUGAACAAACUCUCCUACUCUGCCUGCCCUGCGUCCGCGACGGGAGCCCGACCGCACCCACGACUGCCAAGCCCCACGGGAGCCCGGCGACUACGGCGGCUCACGCCGGCCGGCUCGCUGCCCUCCUCCUGACCUCUCGUCCGCCUGCCUUCCUCGUUCCGGUCUGCCGUAACUUUUGCCGCGACUGAACAACGCGACCGACGGCGGUGCUCCCUCUCGGCGCAGCUCGUACCUCGGAGUUAGGAUGAAGUCUAAGACGAACAGGGGCAUGCAGAAGGCAGGAAGAGUAGAUCAUCUCCAAGGAGGAGGACCAAACUGGAUUCUUGUUGCCGGAGGAGUUUUACUAAGCACUCUCUCCGUCAAACUUGGAUGCAAAUUAAAGCAAAUGUUUGAUACGAAGGAGCAGAAUGGCUUUUCCAAAGCCGAAAGUAGGCCUAGAGGAUGUGAAUUGCACUCAAACCUAUGCAGGUUUCGUGGCCAAACUAGCUGCUACUAUUGUAUUUCAGGGCAUUCAGAUGGUGGAGUGGAAGUCAAGCAUCCUCCUGCAAGUCCAUCAAAAUCAGCUGAACCCUCGCUUCCACUUGUGAAAAUACCAGUGCAAGAAUCAAGCAAGGACAACAGUGGCGUCAUGUGGAUAUCAUCACCUGACCGCCUUGAAGAUCCUCGUAAACCAUUUCAGUACUCAAACAGUUCUGGCUCUCCACGUGUUUCAGAGUCAGGAUCUAACAUUUAUAGCAAGAGAGAGGUCAUACAGAAGCUGAGGCAGCACCUGAAGAGACGUGAUGAGAUGAUCAUGGAGAUUCAAGCUCAGAUUGCUGACCUUAAGAACUCUCUUGCCAUCCAGGAGAACCAGUCGUCUAAUUUGCAGUCUCAGCUGGAGUCUGCUAACCGAGAUAUAUUUGAUUCUGAGCGAGAGAUCCAGCAUCUGAGGAAGAUCAUCACAGACCAUUGUGUUGGCGAAGCACUCUCUCACGAUAAGCCGUUGCAUGUUGGACACUGGCAGUCAGAUGCCACCAAUGGGCAUGCUAAUGGCUACGCCAAUAGCAGCGUCGGUGACCCUGAGCUGCAUUUUAUUGGUAUUGGGAGGAAGAAAGAAGAGUUAGAGAGGAUGGAGAUGCUCAAGAGGGAGGUGGGUGAGCUGAAGGAAGUUAUCGGAGGGAAAGACUUCUUGCUUCACAGCUACAAGGAGCAGAAGGUCGAGCUCUGUUCUCAGAUCAGGGAAUUGCAGGAAAAACUCUCGUCGCAUGUGCCGAACAUAUUGUAGGAUCUUCUGGUAAUGUUCGUUUGCCAAAGGAGCAGCAGCUGUAGCCCUGUUCCCAUGCGGUCUUGCACCACUGGUUUGCAGGAAAAUCUGUCGGUGCACAGGCCGAACAUCCUAGGAUAUUUGCAGAAUGUUAGGUUGAUUGGUUUCUUUCUUUCUUGGCCAUAUUGUUAGGUUGGUUUGCUUCAGUUCCCGCCCUCUGUUGCUUGGAAUUACAAAGGGUUUCUUUGCUCAGUUGCUGGACCUAGGGUAGCUAAAUUAAUGGGAAGUUGAUACUCCAGACUUACGGUGCUGUACAGUUUUUCUUUUUAUGGUUUGCAGACACCUCUGUGUGAUGUUUAGAGAAAUAUUCUUUUUCCUUUCUAAUGUGUGGUCGUUGACAUUUCUA